UGGUAGCACUGUCUAGCUGUCACAGACUGCCUCCUGUCAAAAUAAAUAUAGAAUUUCCAAUUUUGGUGUUGGAUAAAAUAUUUUGUGAUAAACAUUCAUAAAAUCCUAACAUUUGUUAAAAAAAGUAAAGACAGAUUAGAGUGUACACAAAUGGCAGAGGCAGACUUAACACCGCCGCCGCCGCCAUGCAUUAAGUCGCCGUCCGGAUCGAAUUCGCAGUUGGACUGGACAUGCGAAGAAUGCGGUAACGUAAAUUUCGCACGUCGCAACAGUUGCAAUCGUUGCUUCAAAACGCGCGGCGCUAAUCCGAACAAGAAACGCAAAUUGGGCACUGAAAUUGGAAAGGCGGCCGCGGAAAAGAGCCGAGGUCUGUUCAGUGCUGACGAUUGGCAGUGUAACAAGUGUGGGAACGUCAACUGGGCCCGCAGACAGCAGUGCAAUGUUUGUAAUGCACCCAAAUUUGGUGAGGUUGAGGAGCGCACAGGUUUCGGGGGUGGAUACAAUGAUAGGGGUGUAGUCGAAUAUAAGGAGAGGGAGGAGAGUGAUGAUGAGUAUGAUGAAUUCGGGAGGAGAAAGAAAAAGCUUAAGAAUAAUGAGAAGGGUGGUAGUCACUAUUCGGAUGAGGAAGAGGAGAAAGAAGUUAAGACAAAUAAUGACAGUGCGAAAGGUGAGGAGGAAGCAGAAGAAGAGGAGGAAGAGGAUGAUGAGGAAGAUGAUGAUGAUGGAGAUCUUUCUAAAUAUGAUUUAUCAGAUUGGGGUGAUGUGGGUGGGGAUAGCAAGGAUAAUAAUAGGUCUCAUUCUCCUCAUGACAGAAGCAAACAUUAGGCACUAUUUUUGUAUGUAGCUUAAAAAUUGUUUUUCCAAAUAUUAAUUCUAUUAGAGAUGAGCUUCAAAACUUCAUCAUUUAGAAAAUACCAGCUGUGUUACAUUUUCAGUACUGAAGACAUUUUAAUCUGUAUUUGUAGAUAAUGUAAAAAAGAUUUUAUUUUGUUGUUUGUAAUUAGAUGUUUUGUAUAUGAUGAACCACUUGUUUGGCUAUAAUCAAAAAAUUUAUAAGAAACUUUAAGUAUUAGUUAAAAUGGUGAAAAGCAAAUAAUUUUGAACUAUUGUGCAGGCUACAUAUGAUAAUUAUUUUACAAUAACAUAUAUAUUCAUCAUCCCCAAGUAAAAUUUUUGUUGAGUAUCAAAGAAGAGCAUAAAUUUCACAAUUUGAAUAAAAUUUUGUAUUGUCAUACAUAAUGUUCAUCAUAUUUAAUUUUCCCAUGUUUAAAAGGCCUUUUAUAGAAUUGAAUUUUUGAUAUAUAACAUGGUCUAAAAAUUAAAAAGAUUUAGUCAUUUUAAA